AUGUCUUCUCCUCCACCAGACUCACAAGGCAGAAUGAACGAUACCCCCACCACCACGCCCCCGGCACCCACAUCAGAUAUAGAGUCACCUGCCCCCGAACCCCAACAAAUGGACCUUGACCCCAAAUCAGACCUGGAUGACGAUUCUGCUUCCAUUUCCUUACCUUUAUCCAAAAUCAAACGAAUCUUCAAAAUGGACCCAGACUACAGUGGGGCAUCUCAGUCGGCCGUGUUUGCCACUGGUGCUGCCACAGAGCUCUUUGUCCAGUAUAUCACCGAACAGGCGUCGUUGUUGGCCAAAAUCGAUAAGAGAAAAAAAAUACUUUAUAAAGACUUUAGUACAGCCGUGACAUCUCAAGACUCAUUGAACUUCCUUUCUGACACCAUUCCCAAAACAGUGCCACUUCGAGCAGUUCUUCAAGAUCAGGGAACGGUGGAGCACGAAAUCACUCCACAAACGGCUCCAACUCCAACGCCAGAACAAACUGAUCGGGUUGAACUUCCUCCGACUCGCAGAAUCGAUAUAACGUCAAUGCUUCCCGUUGUAUCAGGACCUCCUCCAGUACAGCAGCAGUCUACUUCUCCUCCGGUUAACAAGCCUUCUAUCAACAGUUUGAUAUCGAACGACUCGCCUAGCAAUUCCGACGAUGUGAUUAUGAUAGAUUAA